AUGAGCUCCUUCGACCUCCCCACACCCCCCUCCCCGCGCUGCAGCCCCCAGUUCCCCAGCAUCGGCCAGGAGCCCCCUGAGAUGAACCUUUACUAUGAAAACUUCUUCCAUCCGCAGAGUGUGCCCAGCCCUCAGCGGCCGCCGUCCUUCGAGGGGGGUGGCGAGUAUGGGGCCACCCCCAACCCCUACCUCUGGCUCAAUGGUCCUGCGAUGACCCCCCCACCCUACCUGCCUGGCACCAAUGGCAGCCCCUUCCUGCCCCAGGCCUAUGGCAUGCAGAGGCCACUGCUGCCCACCAUGGCUGGUCUGGGGGGCAGCGAUCUGGGCUGGCUGCCCCUCCCCUCGCAGGAGGAGCUGAUGAAGCUGGUGCGCCCCCCCUACUCUUACUCGGCCCUCAUCGCCAUGGCCAUCCACGGGGCGCCAGACAAACGCCUCACCCUCAGCCAGAUCUACCAGUAUGUGGCCGACAACUUCCCCUUCUACAACAAGAGCAAGGCUGGCUGGCAGAACUCCAUCCGCCACAACUUGUCUCUCAACGACUGCUUCAAGAAGGUGCCCCGGGAUGAGGACGACCCAGGCAAAGGGAAUUACUGGACGCUGGAUCCCAACUGUGAGAAGAUGUUUGACAAUGGAAAUUUCCGCAGAAAGAGGAAGCGGAAAUCGGAUGUUUCCUCCUGCACAGGUUCCUUGGCCUCAGAGAAGACAGAGAGCAGUCUCCUGGCGGGCAGUCCCAAGACCACCGAACCCCAGGAAAUCUUGGACAGCACCUCCCCAGGCUCCACCAGCUCCCCAGAGAAGCAGUCCCCGCCUCCCCCACCAAGUACUCCAUGCCUCAACAGCUUCCUCUCCACCAUGACAGCCUAUGUGAGCGGAUCCAGCCCUGUCGGCCGUUCGGUGGUGUCUCCAGGACUGAGCCCUGAGUCCAGUGACAAAAUGGGGCAGAACUUGCUGAGCUUCAACUCGUACACGCCCCUCACCAACCUCAGCAGCCAUGGGGGUGGGGGCGAGUGGGCCAACCCAGCACCCACCAGUGCUCUUGGCUAUGGAGGCUCUGUCCUCAAUCAGUUCAGCCCUCAUUUCUACAACAGCCUCAACACCAACAGUGCCCUGUACCCCAGAGAGGGCACCGAGGUCUAG